AUGUCUAGUGACGAUAACCGCUGGGCCGGCCAACGGUCCGCUCUCAUCAAAUACGUCCAGUCCAAAUUAUUGGUUCGCCACCUUCAAACAAUCCUGAAAAAGCUGGCUUUACCUGUCUCUGGUUUAAAGGUAGCCCAGCAAGCGCGCCUUGUUGAACAAAUUGAAAAAGUCGUCGAUGCACGCAACGACGAAGGGUUGCAGCAACUUAAGCGGUUGAUCUACAACCCAGACACGCCCGAUGCUCAUGCGUCUCCAGGACCAUCGAAUGCUGCCUCUCCCCUAACACAGCUGCCUCCGAAGGCCCCCGCCUAUCCAUCACAUGGCUACAACAGCAGUCCUUCUGGCCUUUAUUCUCCUCUACACUCCCCCGUCCCACCGGCGAUGAGACCAGGUACGAGUUCAACUUCACCAACAUUCUCUCAACUCCAACUUUAUUAUCUGGAACCUAUGGCUAAAAGGAAACCUACUCUCGCGACAGCUUCUUCGCCUCAUCUGGCAUUCCACCCAAGUCCCUUCUACGAACCGGUCACAAACCUAACCUCUAUCCAUGGAUUGCAGUCCUUCGGUCCCACCAACACGUCUUCUAGAUGCAAUGUCAACAUACCACUCCAGCUGACCCAGCAGAAUGCGGACGAAAUUCGACGUGGACUUCGAGCUAUCCUCUAUUGUGCCGAAGGAUCGACUUCGGGGACUCAUCACGUCGCCUUUCCACAACAAAUCGAGAUCCGUGUCAACGGCAAACCAGUCUCCGCCAAUCUCAGAGGCUUGAAAAACAAGCCGGGAACCACGAGACCCCUUGAUGUCACCGAUCACCUUGACAGGGCCCCUGGGGCUAAGAAUAAUAUCAUGAUCACCUACGCAUUAUCCCAGAAGCGUUACAUCGCCAUCGUCAAAUUGGUUAAAAAGAGGUCACCGGAAGACCUCGUCAGUCAAAUCAAAGCUCGUCCCCACAUCUCGAAACAGGCCGUCCUAGAUCGACUCCAGAAAGAUAACGAGGACGACGAUCUCAUUGCCACCGCGGCCAUUAUGUCCUUGAAGUGCCCGGCUUCGACUUUACGCAUUGUUACACCGAUAAGAUCGCAGUUCUGCAAGCAUAACCAGUGUUACGAUGCUAUCUCAUUCCUUCAGCUCCAAGAACAAGCACCGACCUGGACUUGCCCUGUUUGUAGCAAGAAAAUCGAAUUCGCCGACCUGGCCAUCGAUAAUUAUGUGGAAGAAGUCCUCAAUUCGGUUUCAAGAGAUGUUGACGCCGUCGAGAUCGACCCUAUGGGACGAUGGACCGUCCCCGAACCUAAAGAACAGGAGCCACGGAUAAAACGUGACCGAGACUCCGAUGACGAUGACGACUCGGAGAAUGAUUUCUCCAUCCUAGACUCUGCUCCUCCGAGCUUCAGGUCCAACCAGAACGGGUUGCUAACGCCUUCGACCUCCCACGCCUACCAUAACCCGACUGUUCGACCUACCCACCUUUCAACACCGAAGAGUCUCUCUAGCGAACCACUCGCGAAUCCUUCGACUCGACCGAACGGAGGGAGCGGGACCAAGCGGCCCGCUCCCGUUACGAUUGAUCUCACUUUAAGUGACGACGACGACGUCCGCCCGCCGGCGCCUAAGAGGCAUCAAGCCUCUGCUACCCCAACCCCGUUAGCACUUCCGAAGCCUGUAGACAACCCCACUGGGGGGUCUAGGAAGAGAGCAAGAGUAGGAAAGGAGGAGGAGGAGGAGGAGGAGGAGGAGGGAGGGGGUUAG